GGCCGCCUUUGUGAGGGAAAGCGGUGGCGUGGAAUGUUCGCGAAGCCUCCGACGCCAUUGCGCCCCUCAGUGUAGGCCCUCCGCCUAUGGCGACCGGGGCCAACGCGACGCCUCUGGGGAAACUGCAUCCGCCCCCGCCGCCGGGCAAGACCGGCUAUCCGCUUCCUCCUCCCGGAUUAGUGAUGCAAGGCCCGCCGCCUCCGCCGCCACCUCCAGGCCCCGCGCAGGCCCAGCCUCAGCCGGCCAUCCCGAGCCUCAUGGCGGCCGCCGGGUUUCCCUUCGCCGCGUUGCCGCCGCCGCCCCCUCCGCCGCCGCCUCCUCCGCCGCCUCAGCAGCCCCAACCACCCCCGCAGCAGCCUCAGCCGCCGCCGCCGCCACCCCCGCAGGCCCAGCAACCUCAGCCGGCCCAGUACGGCCAGUACCGCUUUCCUUCGCCCCCGCCUCCCCAGCAGCCGAUGGGCCUCGAGCAGCCGCCGCCGCCCCAGCACCUCCACCUUCUACAGCAGGACGAGGUUGGCCAGGCCGGGGCCGGCAACUCAGAUUACCCUAAUAAAAAGAGGAAGAGGAGCAGGUGGAAUCAAGACACCAUGGAGCAGAAGACUAUCAUCCCUGGCAUGCCCACAGUCAUCCCUCCUGGGCUUACCCGUGAACAAGAAAGAGCUUACAUAGUGCAACUGCAGAUAGAAGACCUGACUCGUAAACUGCGCACAGGAGACCUGGGCAUCCCCCCUAACCCUGAGGACAGGUCUCCUUCCCCUGAACCAAUUUACAAUAGCGAGGGGAAGCGCUUGAACACCCGGGAAUUCCGGACGCGGAAGAAGCUCGAAGAAGAGAGGCACAAUCUGAUAACCGAGAUGGUGGCUCUCAAUCCAGACUUCAAGCCACCGGCUGAUUACAAACCUCCAGCAACUCGAGUGAGCGAUAAGGUGAUGAUUCCGCAGGAUGAAUAUCCUGAGAUUAACUUUGUUGGGCUUCUGAUUGGACCUAGGGGUAACACACUGAAAAACAUUGAAAAAGAGUGUAAUGCCAAGAUCAUGAUCAGGGGUAAAGGAUCCGUGAAAGAAGGAAAGGUCGGACGGAAAGAUGGCCAGAUGUUGCCUGGCGAAGACGAGCCCCUGCAUGCUUUGGUCACUGCCAACACGAUGGAGAACGUGAAGAAGGCUGUGGAACAGAUCAGGAAUAUUCUGAAGCAAGGCAUUGAGACCCCCGAGGAUCAGAAUGACCUGCGCAAGAUGCAGCUGCGGGAGCUGGCCCGCCUCAACGGGACCCUGCGUGAAGAUGACAACAGGAUUCUACGUCCAUGGCAAAAUACGGAGACUCGCAGCAUCACCAAUACCACCGUCUGCACCAAAUGUGGGGGAGCCGGACACAUAGCGUCGGACUGCAAAUUUGCCCGGCCUGGCGAUCCCCAGUCGGCGCAAGAUAAAGCCCGCAUGGACAAGGAGUAUUUGUCUCUGAUGGCCGAACUGGGAGAAGCUCCGGUACCAGCUUCUGUGGGAUCCUCUUCCGGACCCUCGAACCCGCCCCUGCCCAGUGGCCCAAGGCCAUCGGGGCCAGGAAGCAGCCAGCCGCCUCCCAGCCGCCCCCCCUGGAUGAAUUCUGGCCCUUCGGAGAGCAGGCCCUUCCACAACAUGCACGGGGGCAGCGGGGGCAGCAGCGGCGGCAGCAGCGGGAGCAGUAGCAGUGGGGGACCCACGGGCCCAAGCGGCCCCCACAACUUCCCUCACCCCAUGUCGAGCAUGGGGGGGCACGGGGGCGGCCACCCAAUGCAGCACAACCCCAGUGGGCCCCCGCCUUGGAUGCAGCCUCACAACCCCCCCAUGAACCAGGGGCCACAUCCC